ACUUUCCACUCUAUCUAAUCCUCUUUGGAUUCACUCAUUGUCAGAGGAUUACGGAGGACCACGACGUGCGCAAAUGUGGAAAAAAUCCAGUUGAAUAUUAUUUAUAUAUUACGUACGCCGCGAGUGUGCAUGCGCAAUAAGACGACGAGUUAGAAUUGGGAGUGAGAUUUGACAUCGCUCGCUCUCUUUGUCGUACUCGUACGAACAUUAUGGACGAUAGUCGAAAUAAUCGCGAAGUAGUGACGGUGUUAUUCUUGUGUUUGCUGUGGUAUGUGGUGUCUAGCAGCAGCAACGUUGUCGGCAAGAUGCUGUUAUCGGACUUUCCAUAUCCGCUCACCGUCACCAUGGUCCAGUUAACCUCGAUUACCGUCUACUCUGGUCCGUUCUUUAAUCUGUGGGGUGUGAGGAGGUACUCGUCCAACAUAACGUGGAGCUACUAUUUGCGGCUCAUCGUUCCUUUAGCCCUGGGCAAGUUUCUCGCGAACGUGUUCAGCCACGUCAGCAUUUGGAAAGUGCCCGUUUCUUACGCUCAUACUGUGAAGGCUACAAUGCCGUUGUUCACGGUAGCUCUGUCAAGAAUAAUACUGCGGGAGCAGCAAACAUGGAAGAUCUACUUGAGUCUUGUGCCGAUAGUUGGUGGCGUAGCAAUUGCCACGUUGACAGAACUUAGCUUCAAUAUGAUCGGUCUGAUUAGCGCGUUAGCAUCCACUAUGGCAUUUUCUUUGCAGAACAUCUACUCAAAAAAGUCUACAGAGAUGAGCUAUCAUGUGCUAGGACUAUUGUUUCUAGACGGCAUACUUAACUGGUUACAAAAUAUUAUUGCGUUUUCAGUAUUAUCUAUCGUGACUCCUUUAACGUAUGCAGUGGCCAGCGCGAGCAAACGCAUAUUUGUGAUAGCGGUGACGUUACUCAUACUCGGCAAUCCGGUUACGUGGUUGAACAUAUUUGGCAUGACUAUGGCUAUACUAGGGGUGUUGUGUUACAAUAAGGCCAAGUAUGAUCAAAGAAUAGAAAAACAGAAGGAAACGAUUCUUCCAAAAUAUUAUGGUCCACUUCAGAAUGGUAACAGCAGUUCCUUUAUGAUAAAUGGAUUUGCCGGAAGACAACCUCAAUCAUUCGCAGUCUAGUCUCAUUGAUAGUUUUAUUUCAAUAAAUUUAUGCGAGUUUCCUAUAAAAGAGAAGUCUAAUCCCUUUUUUCUAUUAGUAUGGAUUAGUUUUACUCACACGGUAAAAUACUAUUGUGAUUUGUAUUAAAUCGGCCAGAUAUACAAGAGAAACUCUUGUGACCCACUAUUAUAUCAUUAAUAAUAUUAUAUACAUAAUAGUUGAUGUUCUUUAAGUUACACGCAAUACACUCACACACUGAGAAAAAAAGUGUGAAAUCAGACAAAUAUUUUUUUAUUAAAAUAUGUGUUAGAUAACUGUUUAGAAAAACGCAGUUCAGGUUCAAUUGUCUUGAUUUUCACAUGUGGUUAAGACCAUAGUCCUGAGUAACAAAUAUACAAUAUUAUAGCCGUCGCUCAUUAUUUAUUAAAAAGUUAUAAGCAAAAUAAGUUAUGUAAAGGUUGAGUUAGGUUAGGAUUUUUUGAAGAAAGCGUACAGCUCCCAUUCACGCAUUCAAUGUAUUACAUGUAAAUAAAUGUAAAUGCAUUGUAAAAAUGUUCUAAAUAUUGGGAUAAACUUCCGAAAAGCUAUCACCUCCGA